AUGCGAUUGCCGGAUGGGAGCCUAGCUCCUUUCGGUUUGUUUAUCAUACUCAUCCUGAUAGGGAUUUGCUCAACACAAAGAAGUUUGAAAAAUGAUGCAAAUGAUCCGACUGGAAAAUCUUCACUUGCUUUUGUAUUUGAUAUUACUGGUUCAAUGUUUGAUGAUUUAGUGCAAGUUCGAGAAGGAGCUGCCAAGAUUUUCAAGACUGUUAUGGCUCAAAGAGAGAAGCUGAUUUAUAAUUAUAUCAUGGUACCAUUUCAUGAUCCACGUGAGUUUUCUCAAAUAUUUCGUUUUGUUUCGAAUUUCUUUUUUUUUUCAAACAUCAUAGAACUUUUUUGAAUUUUCACUUUUCUCUGAAAAAUCGUUGUGUUUUGCUCUUUCCUCAUCAUCUCAAAUUUCUGAUUCAUUCUGAAACAUUGUAAAUUAUAUCAAUAUUUCAUCCAGUAAAACGAUAAUCAUAUAUCUUGAUCUUCUCUUCAAACAUAACAUAUUGUCAAAAAAAAAAGAGACAGACUGAAAAUCUAUGAGAAGAAUGAAUUCCGUUGGAAAAAAGUGAGAUGCAAGCAAAAAAGAUGUGGGCCACAUAUAUCACCUCAAUACACAUUUUCACAUUCAUCGAAAAUCAGCACUGGGUUGGGAUGAAACAAAAAAAAGUCCAAAUAGUCACAUUUGAGCAAUAUUAAUGAGUUUGAGAUUUGUUGGUGUGUGUGGAUAUGUUACAGCAUACAUUCUUCUUCAGAUAUUUUUGAGAUUAUCAUGAAUAGAACAAACUAGAAAGAUGAUAAAUAUAUAAAUUGGAUAAAUGUUGAAAAAAAUGUUAGAUACAUGUGUUUUGUUUGGAAAGGUGUCUAGAGUUUGGGUGGUGAUUUAUUGCCAUUUUAUUUUUUGAUCAACUGUUCAAUGUUUUUCGCAAUUGACCAUGUGAUAUUGAAAAAAAAUGAAAAAUAAUGGAAGACAAAAAAUAUUUGAAAUAUUUUAAGAUUAAUGAUAUGAGUUGUUUUUGCAGAUCUCGGCGAUAUCAUCAACACAACUGAUUCAACAUAUUUUAUGCGCCAAUUGGGCAAAGUAUAUGUACACGGAGGUGGUGAUUGUCCAGAAAAGACAUUAACCGGUAAGCCGCCAAAAAAAUGGCAGAUCAAUUGUGUUUGUAUUUGCAUUUUCAUUUUUUAUUUCGGCAAAAAUGUUGCGAAUUGGUUUCGCCAAAUUGAUUUUAUUCGAUUUUAUGGGCCCUGACUGAGUGAAUACAUUUCAUUUUCGCACCCGCCUAGUGGGAGACACAAAAACCGUAAUUGAGUUUUUUCUUUCUUUUUUUGCAAAGAAAAUAGUUAUGAGUCAUUGGAAAGUAAUUGAAUACUUCUUGAGGUGACUGAAUGAUUUAUAUAUUUAUCAAAUAUAAUAAGUGUAACAAACUUGUAAUUUGUUGGUUGGAUUUCGGGGGGGAGAGAAGGGUGCAAUAUAAUAUGUAUUGGAAACAGACGAUCGGUUGUAAAGAAAUCAUAAUGUUUAUUUUUCGAACUUUUUCCAUUUCAUUUUAUUAUUAUUCAAAAACACCGCCUCUUGUUAAAAUAACAUUAGAAAAGGGAACAAAUCAAAACAUAUCAACAAGAAAUAACAAAACAAAAAUUGUUUUCAGGUAUUUUGAAAGCUCUUGAAAUCUCAUUGCCAUCAUCUUUCAUUUAUGUUUUCACCGAUGCUCGUUCGAAAGAUUAUCACUUGGAAGAUCAAGUACUUAACACAAUUCAAGAAAAACAAAGUUCCGUAGUUUUUGUGAUGACUGGUGAUUGUGGUAAUCGUACUCAUCCAGGUUUCCGAACUUAUGAGAAAAUUGCCGCAGCUUCUUUUGGACAAGUGAGAAAAAAAAAGAAAAAAAAUAGCAACAAUUUUAUAUAUCUUUUCUAGGUUUUCCACUUGGAAAAAAGUGAUGUGAGCAAAGUGUUGGAAUAUGUGAGACAUGCUGUAAAACAGAAAAAAGUGCAUAUGAUGUAUGAGGCUCGUGAACGAGGUGGUACAACUGUUCGAACCAUUCCAGUUGACAAACAUUUGUCUGAAUUGACAAUUUCAUUAUCUGGUGAUAAAGAUGAUUCAGAUGUUUUGGAUAUUACAUUGAGAGAUUCGAAUGGAAAUAAAGUUGACAAACAAAGUUAUAGUAAAGAAGGUGGAACUAUUGACUUGAAAAAUGUGAAAUUGAUUCGAUUGAAGGAUCCUGCUCCAGGACCUUGGCAAGUUAUCACAAAUUCAAGACUGAAACAUACAAUUCGUGUUUUUGGACAUGGUGCUAUUGAUUUCAAAUAUGGAUUCGCCUCAAGACCUCUUGAUCGCAUUGAACUUGUUAGUAAAAAAAAACUUUUUUUGUUCAAAUUGUCUAUUAACUUUUUUAGGCUCGCCCACGUCCUGUAUUGAAUCAAAACACAUAUUUACUUAUCAAUAUGACUGGAUUGAUUCCACCAGGAACUGUUGGUGAAAUUUCACUCGUUGAUUAUCACGGAAACACACUUUUCGCUAGAGCAGCUUCACCACAUCGAACAAAUCCACAUAUGUAUUUUGUUGGUCCAUUUGUUCCACCAAAAGGAUUAUUCUUUGUUCAAGUAACUGGUGUCGACGAAGAAGAUUAUGAGUUUAAACGGAUUGCGCCAACUGCUAUUGGAAGUGUUGUUGUUGGAGGACCACGAGCAUUUAUGGCACCAUUUCACCAAGCUUUUGUUGGAACUGUUAGUAAUUUUGAUCUCCAGAAAAAAAACGUUUUAAGUUUACUAAAAAAAAAAAAAAUAUUUUCAGGAUGUUAACCUCACUUGUACUGUUGAAAGUGCCUCACCAUUCACUUUAUAUUGGACAAGAGGAAAUGGUGAAAGAGUUGGUGGACCACUUUUCUAUCAGUAAGAUUUUCUUAUUUUUUCUUCUCAUUUAUAUUGUCAAAAUUUUUAGGACAACUGAUUCAGCAGUUUGGACUCUUCCUGAACUCUCUCUAAAAGAUGGUGGAGAAUACAAAUGUGAAGUGAUAAGUGACAAUGGAAAUUAUACAGUCGCAACUCGUGUUGAGCCAAGAGAAUCACCGCCACAAAUUAUUGGUGCGAGAAAUGUGUCGGCACCAAUUGGCUCGGCAGCUUUCCUUCAUUGUCCAACUCAAUCUGCUGGACCUGUUGAAAUCAGAUGGAUUCGACAUGGCGCAACUGUGUUUACUGGACCAAAUACUGAAAGAAAUUUGAAUAAUGGAACUUUGAAGAUUCAUUCAGUUUCAAGAUCAGAUUCUGGAGUUUAUGAGUGUCAGGCAAGAAAUGCAGGUGGUAUGACGUCACAAACUAUUCGACUUGAUGUAAGAACGACGAUAUUUUUAAGAUGAUAAAAAUUGCUUUUUUUCAGAUUAUGGAGCCACCACAAGCUAAAGUUCAACCUGAAAGAGUAUAUUUCGUUCCACGAGACAGUAUCAAUAUUUCCUGUUAUGGAAUUGGUGAACCAAAACCCGAACUUCACUGGUAUUUCAAUGGUAGAAGAUUGAUCUCGGAUUCCAGAUAUUAUAUCGGCCCUGAAUCUAGUUAGUUUUUCAUUCUAUUGAUGUUUUACAAUAUACCUUUCAUUUUCAAAAUAUUUUCGUUAUCAGGUUCGUUGUAUCUUCGAGAUGCUAGUCAUUAUGACGAGGGAAAAUAUGAAUGUCGUGCGAUGAGUCCAGCUGGAAUUCACACUGAUACUUCAGAAUUUAUUCUUGCCGUAUCUCCAAGAGUUGAACUCAGUCAAAGUAAAACAAUGAUUGGACGAGGAGAUAGUAUUUCAUUUGAAUGUAAAGUUUUACAAGGAAAACCAACACCAAAAAUUCGAUGGUUGCGAAAUGGGAAAGAAUUGUUUAUUCAAAAUGAUAAAUAUAUUAGAAUAAAUGAGGGUCAUUUGCACAUUUCUGGAGCACAAGACAGUGAUGCUGGAACAUAUUCUUGUGUUGCUGAAAAUAUGGCUGGAAAAGAUAGUGGAACUGUUGAUCUCACAAUUGGCCGAAUGCCAUCGAUUGUUCCAUCUGCUCAAACAGUUCGGGUUAAUAUUGAGAGACAAUUAACUUUGCAAUGUUUGGCGAUUGGACAUCCACAACCAGAAAUUGAAUGGCAGAAAGAAGGUAUUUCAUUGGGUGCAGUUGGAAAUGAUAGGUACACUCAACUUGCUGAUGGUAAUCUUCUUAUCACUGAUGCUCAAGUUGAAGAUCAAGGUAGAUUCACAUGUAUUGCCAAGAAUAUCUACGGACAACAAUCUCAAACAACCGCUGUUAUUGUGACUGGAUUAGGUUUGUUUUUUUUUCAUUUUUUUUUUGAAGAUCGAAAAUUUAAAUUUCAGUGUCACCUGUUUUAGGACAUGUUCCACCAGAAGAGCAAUUAAUCGAAGGACAGGAUUUGCAUCUCUCAUGUGUUGUUGUUCUUGGAACUCCUCGACCAAAUAUUGUUUGGUUGAAAGAUGGAAAACCUGUUGAUCAAUCUCCAUCACUCAUUGUAAAUUUAACCAAAAAAUGUAAUUUUUGCUCUCAAUCGGAAAAAUUUAUAGAUCGAAGGCGGUGGAACUGGAUUACUUCUUCGUGGAGGCGAUCCAAAAGAUGAGGGAAAAUACACUUGCGUUGCUGUUUCUCCAGCGGGAAAUGCGACAAUCAACAUAAAUGUGCAAUUGAUAAGUAAGUUGUUUUCGCAUGCUGCGUGCCUUCUUUUCUCAAAACCUAUCAAGAUUUCGUGUCUUGUCUACAAUUGAUCAAUCAUGCAUGAUUGUGUUGUGUUCAGAGAAGCCAGAGUUCGUGAACGUGUCUGAUCCCGCCAAUAAACCAAAAGUGCCUGGAAUCGAUGAUUCGCAUAUUGCAAUCGUCAACACAACUCACGAUGUUUUGGAUGGUGAUGGUUUUGCGAUUCCGUGUCUUGUAUUUGGACAACCACCCCCGACUAUUACUUGGUAUUUGGAUGGAAGACCAAUUGUUGCAAACAGAAAAGAUUUUGUCAUUUUGGUAAGAUUGAACAGUUUUUGAGUUGAAAAAUAAGAUUUUAAUAUUUUAGCCGGACAACACAUUAUUGGUAAAGCGCGCUGAUAAAACAUUCAGUGGAACAUAUGUUUGCCAAGCUGCAAAUAGUGCAGGAGAAAAUUCGCAGGUACAUAUUUUUUUUCAUAUUGAAAAAUCUUCUUGUCGUUGAGGAAAAAUUUUCAUGCAAAGUAAAUUUUUACAAGCCUGAAGAAGGGUUUCAGUUUUGAAUGUCAUAUUUCAAGCCUACCUACCUGCCUUCUGAAAUUACAAAAUAUAUAUUUUCUAGCAAACAACAGUUCGUAUUAUGAGCAAACCUUCAAUUUCUGCUGGUCAGAGUUCUUUCAAUUUGGUUGUAAACGAAGCUGUAAAUAUUCCCUGUGAUGUAUUUGGCGAUCCAAAACCAAAAAUCUUGUGGUAUCUUGAUGAUGUUAUUUUUACCGACGGAAUUAUAAAUGAGGAUGGAAGCUUAACAAUCCCAAAUCUCAGCGAAAAUCAUCGAGGAACAUUGACUUGUCGUGCUGAAAAUGCAGCUGGUGUUGAUAGUCGAAGUGUUACUUUGACUGUUCAUACAACUCCACACAUUGAUGUCGAGGUAAUUUGUUUUUUUUUUUUGAGAAAAAACAAUUAUAUUAUAAAUCAGUACAAUAUUUCAGAAUCAAGAAAAAUCGGUUAUUUUGAACGAAACAAUUGUCUUAGAAUGUCCAGCUCAAGCACAUCCGCCUCCUGUCAGAAUUUGGACAUAUGAGGGAGAGAAGAUUGACACAUUGCUUAUUCCAGUAAUAUUUUUUCUCAUAUGUUCUUUCUCUUUUUUCUAUUUGCUCUUAUUUUUUAAUAUUUUUCAGCACACAAUUCGUAGUGAUGGAGCUUUGGUUUUGGAAAAAAUGCAAGUUGAGCAUACUGGUGUUUUCACGUGUCAAGUAUCAAAUUUGGCUGGAGAAGAUUCCUUGGUUUAUACUGUUAACGUUUUGGAGAAACCAAAAAUCAUCUCGGAGACACCUGGAACAAUUGAUGUUGUUAAAGGAUUGAUGAUUGAGAUUCCAUGUCGUGCAACCGGAAUUCCAGAAGUUUCAAGAGCUUGGCAAAAAGAUGGAAUUAAUAUUGGAAUUGACUCUCAAAAAUUCACUGUCGAUAAUUUUGGAACUUUGCGAAUUUACAAUGCAACCAAAAGUGAUGCUGGAAACUACAAUUGUAUUGUUACAAAUCAAGUUGGAAGUGAUAAUACAAGCACAAUUGUUGUUGUUCAAGAACCACCGGUUAUUCUACCAUCAACUACUGUUAAUUACACAUCUGUUAUUGGUGACAAACUAGAACUUCGUUGUUAUGUUGAUGCAUAUCCACCAGCAACAAUUCAAUGGUUGAGAAGAGGAAUUCCGAUUGCUGAUGGAACUCGUGGAAUUACUUUGGAAAGUGAUGGAAGUUUGACUAUUGAAGAAACAUCGCUGGAAGAUGCUACUAUUUUCACAUGUAAAGCUUCAAACCCUGCUGGAAAAGCCGAGGCAAAUUUGCAAGUAACAAUCAUUGCUGCACCAGAUAUUCCAGAUCAAGAUACAGUUGUUCUUGAAUCAGUCAGAGAAUCACAACCAUUUUCACUAUAUUGUCCAGUAUUCAGCACACCACUUCCUUCAAUUACCUGGUAUGUCAAUGAUAAACCAUUGACUGAAGAUUUAUCAAUUCUCAAUUUGUCGGAUGAUCGUAGAAAACUUCAUUUUUAUCACGUAAGUUGUUGCAAAAAUUGAUUUUUCUCGACAAAAAGCAUUGAUAAUUUCAGGCUAAAGUUACUGAUUCUGGAGUUUAUAAAUGUGUUGCUCGAAAUGCCGCCGGUGAAGGAAGCAAGAGUUUCCAAGUCGAAGUUAUUGGUGAGUUUUUUUUUGGGUAUUAUCAAAUAACAAAUUGUUUUCAGUUCCUCUGAACUUGGAUGAAUCAGAAUUCAAGAAGAAGGUGUUUGCUAAAGAAGGAGAAGAAGUGACAUUAGGAUGUCCAGUUUCUGGAUAUCCAACUCCAACAAUUAAUUGGGUUAUUGAUGGGCGACUUAUGCAACCUGAUGAAGAAUAUAAAGGUGCUAAAUUAUCUCCAGAUGGUAGAACAGUGAGUUUCGCUAUUCGAGUGAUUUUAUUUAAUAAUGUAUGAGUUUAGCUUCAUUUCACUGAAGUUGGCAUCAAACAAGAAGGAGUUUAUCAUUGUGUCGCACAAAGCAAAUCAGGAACAUUGGACGUCGAUGUCGAAUUAUCUGUCUUGGGUACAUCUUCUUCUCCUUCUCCCACACCACGACCCAAAAAAUUAAUUAGCUUCAAGCCGGCUAAUAUUUCUGUAGCUUGGGCGCAAAAGCUUGGGACUAACAGAACACAGAAACCAACCAAAACUUUUAGACCUAAACAAAUUAGUUUGAAUAUGGGAGGUUCUCCGAAAAUUUCCAAAUUGAAUAAAAACAGAAAUAAAUUCAAACCAAAAAAUAUAAAUUUGAAUAUGACACCUAUUAUUUCAAAAAACAAGAAAAAAUUUAAGCCAAAAAAUAUUAAAAUUGAUAUGAAUUCUAAAAAAUCAAGUAAAAAAGUAAUACCAAGAAUUUCAAAUAUCUCUCCCAAACCUCACGAAAACAAUGAAACAAUCUUUCAUACCAAUGAUCUCUUUUAAAAAUCAUCACUUUCAAAGAAAAAAACAUUUGCAGUGUAAACUAAAAACGGUGGUUUCUCUCAUUUCAAUUGUAAAUUUCAUAUUUAUUUUCUCUCUCAAUGAAGCAUAAGCAUAAGAAUAUUUUGCUAUUUUCAAUUUCUCAUAUAAUAUUGCAGCAAUUCCAAGACUUGGAGAUGAUGAAAUUAUUGAAGUUGUUACUGGAAAACCAGUUAUGUUAUCAUGCGAUGUUUUGACUGAAACUGAUGAGAAAACAACCUUUGUUUGGUCCAUGGUAAAGUUGUUGUGUUGUGUUUCUAAUAGUGGUAACUUUUUUUGCAGAAUGGUUCCGAAGUUUUCGAUAAAACAAAUAUUCAAAUUCCAAUGAAUGGACAACGUUUAUAUAUCACAGAAACUACACCUGAAAAUAAAGGAGAAUAUAAAUGUAGAGUUUCAAAUUCAGCAGGAAAAUCAGAGAAAACUAUUGAUCUCAAAGUUCUCGGUGAGAAACUCAAGAAAUUACUGAUUUUCCAAAAAAAAAGUAUCUUGAUUUCAGAACCUCCUGUGUUUGUCGAAGAAACUUACAACGAGAAUGAACAACUUAUACCUGGAAAACCCUUGAUUUUAUCAUGCUUGGCUAGAGGAAAUCCAAAACCGACAGUUGAAUGGAGAAUUGAUGGAGAAUUAGUGCAAGAUUCACUUUUGUUGUAUGUUUUUUUUUGCUUCUUGAAAAAAAACUAAUUAAUUUUUUCAAUUAUAGAGAUGGCGAAAAAUUGCGAAUUGAAAAGCUCGACUCAAGAUCUGCACAGAUAACAUGUGAUGCUAAAAACGCAGCAGGAGACAUUUCUCGUGACUUUUUCGUGCAGAAUAUUACUCCUCCUAAAAUUAUCAAAGGUUCUUCUGGAGAUCCAACGGUUUGUUUGUUUUUAGAAAUUCAUUGGGGACUAAAACAUUAAUUGUGAUAUUUGCAGUUCCGUGAAGGUGACACAAUUGUUUUGGAUUGUCCAGUUUCUCACGGCGACUUUGAAAUCACAUGGAUGAAACAAGGAGCACCGAUCAAUGUAAGUUAUUUUUAAAUUUUUCGAAUAUAACCACAAACCGUUACUAAAUAUAGCUAUGAAAUAAACAUUCAUGAAAAAUACCGAUUUGAUCUCGAAAAUAAUAUCUGUUGAAAUUCAACCACAAUUUUCCCACGGGCGAAAAAACAAGACAAAAAAGGCACACUUUUUUCACUGCGGACUUUUAGGGGAAAAGGGGCGUGUCAUGUACCCUACAGUGUACCUUAUGGGAAUCCCUCCAGAGUCAGCUCUGAUCACUCCUCGAUUCAUAUUAUCUCUCGUUUGAGAAUCGACAAAAAAGUGAAAAUGAAAAGAAAAUACAACAAAAUGAUUUUUUCGCGCACUGAUUUUUAGGUAGAUCAAAUUAAAAUCUGAAUAGUCCGCAAUGAAGAAAAAUGUUUGAUUUUUUCGCCCGUGAUUUCCUGACUCGAUCAAAAAUUUCCUUUUAUAAAAUACAUUAGUUUGAAUAUACAUCUCCUUCCUCUCAUUAAUUCUCUCUUCAUUUUCCACACUCUCUCACCUACUCUGUUUCUCUAACAUUACGUCUCGCUAUUCUUUUCAUGUUCGCAUUAAUUUUAUUUUAUAAUCACCUGAAGAUUUCCUUGUUAUUUUUUCUAUUUUCUACCAUUUCGCGCUUAGAUUAGGUUAAGGUUUCAUAGUCAAGCUUCAGCAGAGAGGCUUCACUGAUGAGGCCUACCUCUUCGCCGUCUGUAACCAAAAUUUAUGCUUCAUUUUUUGAGACAAUCCUAACUUUUGUAAAAAAUAAUUCAAAUAUUCAUUUUCCAGGACAAGGAAGUGAUUUUGACAUUGGACAAAACACGAUUAACAAUUUUGAACGCUAGAAGAGAUCAUGAAGAUGUUUACACUUGUGUUGCUAAUAAUCCAGCUGGACAAGUUGCUCAAGAUUUUGAUGUGGCUGUUCACGUCCCACCAAAGAUUGCUGGCUCCGCAUUUUUGCAAAUUGAAGCUGAUGAAGGUACUGAAAUUGCUCUAAAUUGUGAUGGCGAAGGAAAUCCAAAACCAGAAAUUCUUUGGGAUUUCAAUCGAGAACCAUUGAAUGCAAAUGCUCAACUUGUCAAUGAAAAUCAAACUGUUGUUUUGAAACAAAUCAAACUUGAAGAUGCUGGAGUAUACAAAUGUUAUCAAAUUAAUGUUGUUGGUCAAGCUGUUAAAACAAUCAAUGUCAUUGUUAAAGCACGACCAAGUUUCUUGGGUUCUGACAAUCUUAUCAAGCAAAAUGUGAAUAUUACUAGAUCCACAACUUUGGAAUGUGAUGUAAAUGAUGCUGUUGAUAUUGAUAUCACGUGGACAGCUCACGGAGUUCCACUUCUUGCUGAUACAGAAAGUGUUCAAAUUUUGAGUGGUGGAAGGUAUUUACAUAUUCCAUCUGCUAGAGUUGAAGAUGAUGGAACAUAUUCCUGCACAGUUACAAAUUCCGCUGGUAGUGCUUCGAAAAAUUUCAGACUUCAUGUUCAAGGUAAGGCAAUUCAUUAAAAAUUCAUUCUUUUGUUCAUCUUCAUAUAUUGUUCAUCUUCAGUUCCUCCAACAAUCAUCAAUGAUGGCGGAGAACAUACAGUUAUCGAAAACAAUUCAUUGGUUUUGCCUUGUGAAGUUGAUGGAAGUCCGAGACCAGUUAUUACCUGGACAAAAGAUGGAAAACCAUUGGGUGAUUUGAAAUCAGUUCAAAUUUUAUCCGAAGGUCAACAAUUCAAAAUUGUUCAUGCUGAAACUCGCCACCGUGGUUCAUAUGUUUGCCGCGCUCAAAAUGAUGUUGGAACAGCUGAAAUUAAUUUUGAUGUUGACAUUAUCAGUGAGUCCAAAACUCGAAAUUUCAUUGUAUUAUUGAUAAAUUUUUCUAGCUCGUCCAUCAAUUGCCAAAGGAAUUAAGGACAUUGUUGAAGUUGUUCAAGGAGAAACUGCUAGUUUCAAAUGUCCAGUCGCUGAUAAAAACUUCAAAGGACAAAUUAUUUGGUUAUACAACUUCCAACCAAUCACUUUUGGAGAGGAUCCAAGAUUGUCAACAUCUCAUAGCGAUAAACGACUCAACUUGCAAGAGUAAGAUUAUUUCAUAGUUUUUUUAAUUCUCGUUAUCUUUUAAUUCUAAAUUUCAGCGCAAAAAUUGAAGACGAAGGACCAUAUAGUUGUAGAAUUCGAAACGAUGCCGGCGAAACAAAAUUCGAUUUCAAGUUGCAAGUUCUUGUUCCACCAAAGAUUGUUAUGCUUGACAAAGAUAAGAACAGGUAGAACAAAUGUUAAAUUGGAUAAAAAUGUAAAAUAUUUUUUUACAGAGUUGUUGUUGAAAAUAGUAUGAUAACACUAUCAUGUCCAGCAACUGGAAAACCAGAACCAGAUAUCAAAUGGUAUAAAGAUGGUGAAGAAUUGACUAUUGAUAAUAUUGAUGGAAUUGUUCCAUCUGGUGAACUCAAUGGAAAUGAGUUGAAAAUAAUGCGAGUUAAAGAUAAAGAUUCUGGAAAAUACUCGUGUGAAGCUAUCAAUGCUGCUGGAAGCACUGAUCAAGAAAUUGGUUUGAAUGUUCAGAGUGAGUUAAAAUAUUUGAAACAUAUAGAUUUGUUUAUUCACGCUGGAACCAUAUUUGCAGUAUUUGAAGAAGAUCAUUCAGAAUAAAAAAAUCAUGAAGAAUUAGAAUGAAAACCCUACAACUAACUUCAAAAUAUUUUGAAUACUUUUGAAAAUUUCAGAAUGUGUAAAAAUCCCAUUUUAAAUAAGUUUUUUUCAGCAGAAUUUCAAUGUAGACUCAAUAGGUUUGUACUCUCACCCAUGAUAAUUAAUUUCAGCUGUUCCAAGAAUCGAAAAGGAAGGAAUCCCGUCUGUAUAUAACAGCUUGCGUGGUCAGCGUGUCACCAUUUCCUGUCCGGUUUUUGCCAAACCAUCUGCAACUGUGACAUGGUUAAAAGCUGGCAAACCACUUCAAAGUGAUCAAAACGUCAAAACCAGUGCCAAUGGUCAAAAAUUAUAUCUUCUCAAGCUCCAAAAAUCCGAUUCUGACAAAUAUACUUGUGUUGCUAAAAACCCCGCCGGUGAAGAUAAACGUGACUUCACUGUUAAUAUUCUUGGUAAUAUUUUUUCACACAAAUCCAUUUUUUAAUUCAUUUUUUUUUCAGUUGCUCCAUUUUUCGAUGAGCCAAAUGUUGUGAGACGAAUUUUGACAAACGCUGGAAAACCAUCUGUUUUGAAUUGUCCUGCAAAUGGAAGCCCACCCCCAACAAUUACAUGGUAAAUUCAAUUUAUUUUCAGUUUUCAGUUUACAAAUUGAAAAAAAAUGAAGAAAUAGAAAAAAGAUUGGUUGUACCACCAACCAGCAAACCAAAUUUAUGUCUUCAAUUUCAAAAAAAUGCAGACGUAAUUUGUUUGAAAUUUAUUUGAGAAACAAGAAAAUAAUUGUUUUUCCCCUUUUUCUAGGCUCAAAGACGGAAUCGGUCUCGAGGAAAACGAACGAUAUGUUUUGUUUGAUGGAGGUAGACAAUUACAAAUUAGUAGUACACAGGGUGAUGAUCAAGGAAGAUAUACAUGUAUUGCGACAAAUUCAGAGGGAUCUGAUGAUUUAGAAAAUACGCUUGAUGUAAUUGUACCACCUGUCAUUCAAGGUCCACCACAUGAAAAUAUUUCGGUGAUUGAUGGAUUUGCAGCUGAAUUGAUAUGUGAUGUAAGCUUGGAGACAAAUUGAUUUAGACUGAUUGAUUGAUUUGUGUUUUUUAUAGUCUGAUCAUACUGGAAUGGAAGUCGAAUGGCAACGAAAUGGACAACGAAUCACACCAGAAACAUUGCGUGGUGAUUCAUUUUUACAGAUCCCAUCUUCAGGAAAACGUUUGAGUUUCUUAUCAUCAAGAAAAGGAGAUUCCGGAAAAUAUACCUGUAUUAUGAGAAAUGCCGCAGGAGAAUCUAGAAAAACCUUCGAUUUCAAUGUCAUUGGUAAUUUUUGCAAGAACAAAGCUUUGUAUAUAUUCGUUUUGAUUUCAGUCCCACCAACAAUCAUAAGUGAAAUGUCUUCGGAAACUAUUCAAACCGGAAAUCCAUCUGAUACAAUCGAAAUAAAUUGUGUUGUUGCUGGAACCCCACAUCCAAAGGUAACUUAUUUACUUUUUUGUUUUCGCUUUUCAGUUUUGCAUCAAUUUUAAAUGACACAAAAAAUAUUCAUCAUUUUUGGGAAUGGAAACAAACAAAUUGAACUUGGCAAAGAAAAACUUUUUAAAAAAUAAUAAAAAAUUCAGGUGACCUGGAUGUUCAAUGGUAAACCAAUCAGUAAUGAUAAUCGAGAAUAUGAAUUCCCUAACGAUGGAGAAUCUAUCAAAAUUCAUCAUACUAAUGAAGAUAACGUUGGAAAAUAUACAUGUUCUGCUGAAAACGAUGGUGGAAAAGUUGAAAAAGACUUUUUGAUCAGAAUCACAGCUCCACCGAAAUUCGAAAAGGAAAAUGAAUCUGUUGAACUAAAAGUUGGCGAUUCAAUUAUGUUAGCUUGUAAUGCUGAAUCCGCAACUCCUGUUACAACAACUUGGAGUGUCGUUGGAACUGAUAAAAAUAUCACUGAUGUUGAAGCAAGAAUAUAUAAUAUCACAAAUGUUCAAAUGGAAGAUCAAGGAACUUAUGUUUGUAAAGCUGUUAAUAAUGCUGGUGAAGUUUCGAAGAACUUUGAUUUGAAAGUCAUUGGUAAGUUAAUCAGCUUUUUUCAGUUGAAGUUAUAUUCCCAAACAACUUUUUUUCAGAAGUUCCAACAUUCUACGAUCGCCAGGUCCAAUUCCCAAUUGUGAUUGGCAGACGAGUGACACUUGAUUGUACUGCAAGCGGAACACCAGAACCAACAAUACUUUGGAUGAAGGUUAGUUUAUUUUGA